GCCUGCCUGCUUGCCUGCCUGCUUGCCUGCCUGCUUGCCUGCCUGCUCUUCUUUAGCCCUCCAUCCGCAUCGUCGCUCCUACGCUCCUCACUCCCCACGCUCUCGCUUCGGCCCAGCCUUCUCCUCCGGUGCCUGCCGCUCCUGUCUCCGAACAUAUCCAUUUUAUGCACUCUUUCAUGGCACCCGCUCCAAGCCCGCUCCAUCCGCCGCCAUCGCCACGGCCCUCCCUGGGUCGAUACUCAAGGGAGGGCCCGUUCGUGGACUGGUUCAACGCCGGGUUCAGGCCCGGACCCCGAUAUGGCACCUCGGCCUUCUACAUGAACAGCACUUCGAUCUACGCCAUGCUCGAAGAAUGCAAGAAGCGUCCUCGGAACCCCAUUUCGCUUUCGAAAACGCAACCUAUCCACCCGCAUCCCUCGCUCAUAGCCGUCGAGAUCGAGACAUCCUUGCGCGAGGUCAUGAGGGUCAUGAGGACGAGGAACGUCAAUGCCCUCGCGGUGUAUGUUUUCGAGCCCGUGUACUGGCCCGAUACGGACGAGACAAUCUUCCGCUCCAGCUACUGUGGAAUCGUCACCGUCAUCGAUGUGCUCCGCUUCAUCCUGCGGUACUUUUGGGAAAGGCAGAUCGCCCUCGAUGCCGUGCACGAUAUCGAUAUGGACGAGCUUCUGGGCUCGCAAGGCGACCUGUUUGACCGCCCCGUCGGCGACAUCCUUUCUCCACUCCACAAGGACGGAUCAAGCAGCGGCAUCGGCCGUCUCCAGGAUGCUCCGCCCUGCCGAACCGUGCUGGACGGCGACUCGACGCUGCUGGAGUUGGCGAGCCACCUUCGCUCUGGAUCCCAGUGGGUCUUUGUGAGCGAGCGCUUGCUGUCGCAGCCCACCCACCGAUCCAAGGUCGUUGCUCGCCCCUCCAUCAUGGCCGAGCCCAUGGACUAUGCGCCCGGCUGCUGCAAGAGCUCCAACAGCGCUCGACAGAGCGUGAAUCCCCGCGCCAUGCGAAUGGUGUCUCAGGGCGACCUGGUGUGGUUUGUGUCGAGCAAGCGGUGGGUCUUCAAGGACCUACUCGACCUCACAGCCAGUCAAAUCAUGAUGCGGUCUCGGCAUGAGCGACGCAUGAGCACCCAGCCGCUCAAACGAGUUCCUCUUGCUGAGGGGCAUUCGCGUCCGCCGAGCCGCGAGCCGCUGGAGCCCCUCGCCUGGCCCAACCUCAUCACAAUCGGCUGCUCGACCAACAUUCUGGGGGCUCUGCAAGUGCUUGAGCGCCACCAAGUCCAGGCUGUGGCCAUUGUCGACGGUGAAGGCAAACUCGUUGGGAACUUCACCGCCUCGAGCGUCCGCUUCCUGGACCAGCUGUCCUUUGGAGACCUGCUCAAACCGGCAUGCGUAUUCUACCCACCGGCAGUUCAUGAAACCAUGUUCCGGGAGAAAUUCUACACCAUCAAGCGCGAGUCGACGAUGGCGGAGGCCAUCGAGAUGAUGACCCAGGGCUUUGUCGCCCGAGUUUGGGUCGUGGACGACUCGGACCGACCGAUCGGCAUUGUCACCAUGUCCGAUGUCAUUGCAUCGCUGGCGCCUGAGUAGGGCCGGAAUAGCCCGUUUCGACUCGGACGGAAAAUACAACGUGGCGCUGCGUUGACAGACAGCCAGCGACAGUGCCGGUCUUCGCGAAUACACCACUCUCACGACGGUCGCCCACUCGGUCGGACUGCCUUGCGCUGCGAUUAGAUACCUUGGGAGCAGGCCGCGACGGCAUCACCCAUCCACCCAACAGCUAGUAAGGAACAAGUCCGAACGGGGGGGGGAGCUAUCGAUGAAAGUGUGUUUGUAUUUUGAAUAAUAAAGAAUGGGGUGAAAAUCGACACAUCGACAACGACUCCACU